GAGCAAGUCAAGGAGUGGGAGGAAUGCCUUGCAUUGCUGGAAGACGCUAACAACACUGGAGCUGCUGCUGCUGGGAAGAGCUGGCCCGGCUUCCCGGUUACGCCGGUACCGGGGGGAGGAUUUCUUACGCCUUCUGACGCUCUUGCUCCGACGAGAUUGGAUCUGUCCACCCCGACAUUUGGAGGAGCGUCUGAAGAUUCGCCACGGAAUGGAAUCAAGCCAGCAGCGGCGUUCAAUCUGAUCCGCGGUCGCGCGUACGAGGCUCUCGGAAAUCGACCAAAAGCGAUCCAUUGGCUUUCGGCUGCGCUGCAGGCUGAUCCGUUUUGCUCAGAGGCGUAUGACGAGCUGAUGGAAAAUCAUAUGCUAACAACCGAACAAGAGGUCGAUCUGGUCGAGUCUCUCAACAUCCCUGCUGGCUUUGAGUGGCUGCGUCUGCUCUAUUCGUGCCGCUGCAAGAAGUAUGGCAGAGAGGACGCAGUGGAGCAACAGCUGAAGCUGCUGGAAGGCCCGUCGCCUCUCUCCAACCAGCCAACCCGUCAAGGCAACAGACGAAUCUCUGCUCGCCCCACGUCCACAUCCUCGCAAACACCCACACCUGCCGCUGUUGCUUCUGUUGCUGCGGCUGCUGCCACUGGUGGAGGUGAUCCUGCGAAUGACACUGGCCAGGGAGUGAGUGACAUUGGGAAGAAGGCAGGAGUAGGGUUAGGGUUAGGCUGGGCUUCAAAGGACGGCGGUGGUGGUGCUGGUGGUGGUGGGGGAGGUGGGAGGGGAAGAGCGAGGACGGUGGAGCAAGGGUUGCUGGGCGGCAGUGGUGACGUGGCAACGAGCCGUGCUGAGCUGAUGCUGCACGUGGGGCGAUACGAGGACGCCCUUGCUGUGUCUAUCUCCUCCCUCCUUCCUGUUCGUCUCCCUCCUCCACCCUUCCCAUGGCAGUGUCUUGGACCGAGAUCCGCACAACACUCGCUGCAUUCCCACCCACCUGGUAGCAGCAGUGCACCUAGGCAGGAGGAACGAGCUCUUCAGAGCGGCACACCAGCUUGUGGACGACCAUCCCAACACUGCCAGCACCUCUUGGGAGGCUCUGAGUGCAGUGCAGUAGCAGCGGUGCAUCUGGGCAUGAGGAGCGAGCUUUUCAGAGCAGCACACGAGGUUGUGGACGACCAUCCCAACACAGCACUGGCAUGGUUCGCCGUGGCGUGCUACUACUACUGCAUCCGCCAGCACGACCAGGCGAGGCGGUUUUUCUGCAAGGCCACCACCGUCAGCGCUGCCUUCGCCCCCGCGUGGAUGGGCUUUGGGCACACAUAUGCCGCACAGGAGGAGACGGAUCAGGCCAUGGUGGCUUAUCGCACAGCAGUGCGACUCUUCACAGGCUUCCAUGUGCCUCUGGUGUGCAUUGGCAUGGAGUAUGCACGCUCUAACAACCUCAGUCUAUCGUUGCAUUUCUUGGACGAGGCGCGCAGGCUAUGCCCCUCGGAUCCACUAGUGCAUAACGAGCUAGGAGUCAUUGCCUACAGGAGCCUCGAUUUCACCUCAGCAGCGCGGCACUUUGAAGUGGCUCUACGUCUUGUGGCUGGGUAUGGAGCAGCAGCGGGCGAAGGAGGCGGGGCAGAGAGCGAGGGGGCACGAGGGAGCUCGAAUGCGACAGCAGGGCGACAGGCUGUGGUGGCGGAAUCGCUGGGUCUGUGGGAGUCAACUGUGGUCAACCUUGGUCACUCAUACCGGAAGAUGAGGAGAUAUGGUGAUGCGCUGAUGGUGUACGAGCAGGCGCUCUCUCUUCGCCCCAACACUGCCAGCACCUUUGCAGCCAUGGCCUUCACCCACCACCUGCAAGGAAACCUCAUCCCCGCUAUUGAGUUCUACCACAAGUCGCUGGGGCUGUGUCCGGGAGACAGCCUGUCUGCUGAGAUGCUAGGCCAAGCACUGAAGGACGAGUGUGCUCUCAUGUCGACUGCUGCUGACGACCAUGUGGGGCCAGAUGCUGUCUUACCGCCCCUGAAUGCAUGA